AUGGAGACUGUCAAGAACGCCGCCAACUACGUCGCCGAGACCGUUCAGGGCACUGGCGCUGAGGCUUCCAAGGAGGCAAACAAGAAUGUCGCUAAGGACAACGAUGCCAAUGUCACCACCCGUGCCAGCGCCGCUAAGGAUGCCGUUGCCGACAAGAAGGACGAGUUCUCCCACAACACCAAGGCCGAUGUCCACAAGGAAGCCGCUAAGAACUAA